AUGCUAAUGCUGAACCAAACAGACAUGACUCCAGCCUCAUUCAUUCUUAAUGGUAUCCCAGGACUAGAGCACAUGCACCUCUGGAUUUCCUUCCCAUUCUGCACGAUGUAUGUUAUAGCUGUGGUGGGAAACUGUGGACUUCUCUGCCUCAUCCGCUAUGAGGACUCCCUGCACAGGACCAUGUACUAUUUCUUGGCCAUGCUUUCCUUUACUGACCUUGUCAUGUGCACUACUACAGUCCCAAAAGCCCUCUGCAUCUUCUGGUUCCAUCUUAGGGAAAUCAGCUUUGAUGAAUGCUUGGUUCAGAUGUUCUUUAUCUACACCUCAACAGGGAUGGAAUCUGGGGUGCUCAUGCUUAUGGCCCUGGACCGCUAUGUGGCCAUCUGUUACCCUCUGCGCUACUCAGCUAUCCUCACUAAUCCUAUCAUUGCCAAGGCUGGGUUAGCCACUUUUCUGAGAGUGGCAUUGCUUUUCAUUCCUUUGAUGUUCAUCACCAAGAAAUUACCCUACUGCAGAGGCAAUAUAAUAUACCAUACCUGCUGUGACCACAUGUCUGUAGCCAAGUUAUCUUGUGGAAAUAUCAAGGUCAACGUUAUCUAUGGUCUAAUGGUUGCUCUCCUGAUUGGGGGCUUUGAUAUCCUGUGCAUCACGGUCUCCUACACCAUGAUCCUACGGACGGUGGUCAGCCUCUCCUCGGCGGAUGCUCGGCAAAAGGCCUUCAGCACCUGCACUGCCCACAUCUGUGCCAUUGUCUUUUCCUACAGUCCAGCCUUCUUUUGUUUCUUUUCCCAUCGUUUUGGAGGUCACAUAAUUCCUGCCUCUUGCCACAUCAUUGUGGCUAAUAUUUACUUGCUCUUGCCUCCCACUAUGAACCCUGUUGUCUAUGGGGUGAAAACCAAACAGAUACGAGACUGUGUCAUAAGGAUCCUUUCAGGUUCUAAGAUUACCAAAUCCCCAUAA